ACAGAAGCGGUUUUAUAUCAAGAAUCCAGUUAUUGAAAAAUUAUCGCAAACAUGGACGUCGCUCAGAGGCUCGCGCUGAUCAAGGAAAACCUCGCCGAGAUUCUCAAUCCUGAGGUGAUUGAGGCCGCUUUGGCUGAGGGGCGGAGCCCAAAGAUCUACUGGGGUACUGCCACUACUGGACGACCUCACUGCGGUUACUUUGUUCCAGCAUUGAAAAUCGCACAAUUGCUGGCGGCCGGUUGCGAUGUCAAAGUGUUGCUGGCUGAUAUUCAUGGCUUCCUCGAUAACCUCAAGGCUCCGAUUGAGCUUGUCGAACACCGUGUAGUGUACUACCGGCUCACAAUUUCCGCUAUCCUCGAAUCCGUGGGUGUGUCGACCGAAAAGCUACAAUUUGUUCUCGGAAGCUCUUACCAGAAGAGCCCUGAGUACGUUAUGGAUUUGUACAAACUCAGCUCCUUGGUUUCUGAGCACGAUGCAAAGAAGGCUGGUGCCGAAGUUGUUAAGCAAACAGACAAUGCUCCUCUAAGUGGUCUUCUCUACCCGCUUUUGCAGUGCUUGGACGAAGAGUACUUGGAUGUUGAUGCUCAAUUCGGAGGACUUGACCAGAGAAAGUUGUUCACAGCUGCAAAGGAGUGGCUUCCUAGGGUUGGGUACAAACAGCGUGCCCAUCUGCUCAACGCCAUGGUGCCCGGACUUCAAGGUGCCAAGAUGAGCUCUAGUGACGAAGACAGCAAGAUCGACCUUCUUGACACUCCAGAGGCAGUCACAAAAAAGAUUCGCAAAGCUGAAGCUUCUCCCCGAGUUGUUGAAGGCAAUGGCGUUCUGGCGUUCUGCGAAUUCGUUCUGCUUCCAGCAGCAGCUUUGAAGGGCAAGGCAGAAUUCCGUGUCGAGCGUGAGAGAGAUGGCCUGGAGCCUCUGGUGUACACAAACAUCAAGCAGAUGCAGGAAGAUUACGCAAAUGAUACUUUGACACCCCAGUUGUUGAAACCCGCCGUGGCUAAGGCCUUGAUUGAGCUCAUGGCACCCAUUCAGGCAGCGUACCAAGCUUCAACCGAAUGGCAGGAGAUUACCUUGAAGGCAUACCCGCCGGCCACAAAGAAGAAAGAGAAGAAGGUCAAGGACAAGGGCUCUCGCUACCCUGGAGGAGCUCCAAAGGACGCUCAGGCACCUAAUUAGGUUGCCCCAAAAGCCUACUACUUACCAUUCAUGUACACAUCAGCUUCGUUCUGAUUCACGAUUCUGCAUAGCAAUAGUCAAGCCAUUUAUCUCAUCGAUAUUGUCAGCUUUACCCCCAUACUUAUGGUUUCUCCUACAUGAAUGUUGAUGAUAUCAACAUACCACAUUUUGAGGCACCGUUUAUUCUGAUGUCAUGUCUAUACUCAAACUGCAAGGAAAACUUUGGUUAUGUCCCUGGCUCGCAACAGUGUCAUUUUGCAUACUCUCAUGCAUAUACCCGGAUUAGGAUGAUUAUGCAAAAAAUCGCGGAAUGCGUCGAUCAACCUGGCGAAGUAUAUUUUCGAAUUCAUAUUGAGUAAUAGAAAUCCCAGC